AGCAUUGGCACAAGAGACAUCCCAUAGUCCUUCAGCAUUCUGUGGAGCACAGUUCGAAGCUGUGCGCACAGUUUGCUGAUCAACUGGUCCAGAAGGCUGCACUUUUCAGCGCAAUGAAUCCACAAGAUCAGGCCAACAACCCUUACUACCAACAAUGGGGAAUGUCCGGUGCGGCAAUGCAGAAUAUGCAAAACAUGCAGGAGGCCAUGCAAGGCCAAGGCAUGGGCUAUGGAAUGUCGCAGCCUAAAGAUGUGGAAGUUGAGGGUCAUGAGGGUCAUGAGGACGAGGAAGGCAGUCUCUGGUAGUCUCGGGCAGGUUUAAACCACGUCACGAAAAGUCUGAAGGUAGUGGUUCAUUGGUGUGUGCUCAUUUGUUGAGGCUGGAAUGGGGAGACUGAGAAUGCUCCUCUGAAACCCAUCUGUAAUGCUCCUUCUUACCAGGAAUCAACCGAUGUCUGCCGAAGCCGUUUCUUCAAGAACCGCCCCCGAUUUUGAUCCCUCUCCCCUUCGCAUCUCAAGACGCCAUGUCCACUGCUCCUUCCAAACGUGGUCUUCUGGUGGCGGGCCUCACCAGCGCCGUUGCCGCUCCUCUCUUUGUGACGCCCAGCGGCGCUGCAGGUGCCUCUGCACCCGUGCGCUCUCAUGCCGCCGGGGUGGCCUCCGAAUUCGCCUUCAACGGCGCCUCAGCGCCCGGAGUCUCUGCUGUGGCCAUGACCAUGCUGGGCGCGUCUGCUGUGGCGGGUGCCCGGCGCAAGAGCAAGGUGCUGCGGCACUCCGCCGAGACGUUCCAGCAGCAGGCGAUGCAGUAUCCAUCAGCCUAUGAAGACAUCGCUGAGGUGAACAAGAAGGAGAAGAAGGCCGACAUCAUCUGCACCAUUGGACCCAAGUCAUGGGACCCCGAGGUGUUGGUCAAGCUGAUGAAAGCAGGCAUGAACGUGAUCCGAUGCAACAUGUCUCAUGGCGAUCACGAGGAGCAGAGCAUGAAGCUGGCAAAUUUGGAGAAGGCUUACGAGCUGGCUCCAGAGUUCAAGGGAAAGAUGAAGAUCUUGAUGGACACCCGUGGCCCUGAGAUUCGCACUGGGACCUUCGAGGUCUACAAUUCCAAAAAGGAGUUGAAAGCCGGCCAGGACUUCAAGCUGGUGACGGACUACGAGCAGAAGGGUGAUGAGACCAUGGUGGCCAUCACCUACGCGCAGUUGCCCAAGAGCGUCAAGAAGGGUCAGCGCAUUCUCGUCCAGGAUGGCACGGUGAUUCUCAUCGUCGAGGAAUGCGGUGAUGACUAUGUCAUGUGCAAGGUGGUGAACAACUGCAAGCUGGGUGAGAAGAAGAACGUGAACGUCCCAGGUGUCAAAGUCGAGAUUCCCGUGGUGGGCGAGCGUGAGAUCAAGGACAUCGCGGACUGGGCGGUGCCCAAUGAUGCUGACUACAUCGCCCUGAGCUUCGUGCAGAGCGCACAGGACGUGAAGGACUGCAGGAAGCACUUCAAUGGCAAGGACAUCAAGGUCAUCUCGAAGAUUGAGAACGUCGAAGGGCUGAAGAACUUCGAAGAGAUCCUGGAGGAGUCCGAUGGCAUCAUGGUGGCUCGAGGUGACCUGGGCAUGGAGAUCCCCAUGGAAAAGGUCUGGAUGGCGCAGAAGAUGAUGCUCAAGAAGACCAAGGCCGCUGGCAAGUAUGCGGUCUGUGCCACCGAGAUGUUGGCGUCCAUGGAAGACAAGCCUUUCCCCACGCGCGCCGAGGCCUGCGACGUGGCGAACGCCAUUUUGGACGGUGCCGAUGCGGUGAUGUUGAGCAGCGAGAGCGCCAUGGGCAAGUUCCCCGUGGAGACCGUGAACACCAUGAGGAGAAUCGUUGAGGAGGCUGAGCAUGCUCUUGUUCAGGAGCCAGUUCCUGCCUGAGACUGCAACUAGUCUCACUGAAGCUGGAAGACCAAUGAGUUUGUCUCCAGCCAGAAAUUCUCGUUGCCUCCAAACACAUGACUGCUUUGGUUGAGCGAUAUGCGUUUAGAUGGACUACUUGGAAUGAAGCUUCAAGCGGAUGGUUUUGACAAGUCUGUGGCAACAUUUCGGGGCUCCUUUUCCUUUCGGCCAUGGCAGCACUGCCAACAUGGCCCAACUUUCCGCCGCCAGCGAAUCAGCCUGGCUCCUUUGAAAAAAAGGCGAAGCAUCCGAGAAAUCGCGCCGCAAUGGAAUG